CGCGGCGGCUUCGCAGCGGCGGGGGACACACGGGCCGGGCCGCCCUCCGCGCCGCGCUCGCCCUCUCCGCGCCGCUGCUGAAUAAUUCAUGGCGCGGCCGCCGGCCAUUAGCAUGCACCGGGCGCGCGGCGCGUCUGUGCCCAGCCGCCGCCGCCGCAUUCGGCGCCCCGGCCGCACUAGACGAGCGGCCGCGCGGAGGCCGGGCCCGCGUUGUCCCCGCGCUCGCCCGCCGGUCCGCCGGCCCGGCGGCUUUCAUUGUGCCCCGGGCCCGCGCUGCCCGGCCGUCCGGUGACCGUCCGCACCCCGCAGCGCGCCCGACGGCCCGGCGCUGGAAGUUCGGGCCCGCGGAGCCCGGCCGCCAGCCCCGGGAUGCACGUGAACUUGGAGAAAGUCGCGGGGCGCGCCGGCGCGGACCUCCGCUGCAGGGCGUGGGCGUCCCCGGCCCCGCGCGCUUUCGUUUUCGUCCGGGACAAAGGUCCCUCGCGGCGCAGGUCGCGGACGUGGAGAUCGUGUCCUGCGGGCCACUCUGCGGGGAGGUCCGGUCGUUCAACACAGGGAAGCCGGAGCCAGGAGAAGUGGAGCGGCGCGGUCCGAGGCGCGGCGCGGGACCAGGGGAGUGGGGCCUGGCCGUGCGCUUCGCCCGCGCCGUCCCGGAGCUGUCGCGCCCCUGCCACGAGUUGUGGGACAUGGCACCGCUUUGCUCUCUGCCCUUUCGCCGCGUGAAGGAGAGAAUCACUUGGAACCCACGACCCAGACCGAUGGCCGAGGGCCUGUGCAGCCGUGGGCACGAUAGCGCAGCGCCGGCUGCGUCCGGGCGCGUCCCUCCGGCAAGGGCAGAGCGCCCCUGUCUCGAUUGGGUUCACUCUCGAUUCUUGAGGCCGAACAUGGCUGGUCCCAGAGCACCCCCGAGAAAGUGCACACCUGUCGUGGCCUUCAAAAGACGCUCCAGGACCACACGGCCAGGUGGACGGUGUUUGCCCUGCGUCUGGGUGGUGAGGCAGCCCAGGAGGUAUCACCCCUUAGUCCCGGCACCCUGGUCCCUGGCUGACAUCUGGAACGUGGACGACCGUGCCACCCUCAGGUCAAGAAGUGGCACUGAGAUGGAAGCUUCUAUCCGAGGCCAGCCUUACUCAACGGUGAGCCGAGCGUUAGGGCGGGACCGUCGCCGCCCACGGGGACACCUCACGGCUGUCCCACUCUUCCCAGCCCAGCCAGAGCCCACAGGAGGCCUCGCCCUGGGCCCUCGUGCAGGAGACAGGCCCACCCCUGGCCUCGGUGUGGGUGCACGGCCACUCCUGCUGAAUGCCCAAAGGACUGUCACAGGACACAGGACAGCACAGGGUGUCUGCAUGGAAGAGGAACGCAGGCCCCGCCUCCCUGUGCACCGUGAGGGCCCGUCACCCCCUUUUCUCCAGCCCUCCGCUGCGAUCCUAAUACACAGGGCUCUGAUAUCGACCUGAGACGCACACGGGUGAGUCUGGCCUGGAACAGAAAGGCUGAAUGAGGGGAACCAGGCACAUCUGCUUCUCCCAGCUGGGCUGGGGGUCGGGGUGCUUGUGGUGACAGCCAGGGAGGACCGGGUGUGUGUGUGUGUGUGUCAGUCUCCCCGCUCUCUUUCCCUGCCUCUCCCUACCCCGUGGAGCCCAGCCCGGGGCUGGGCUGGGGCCCUCAUGGGGUCAGCACUGCAGGCUCUGGAGCUGAAGCCCCGGCCCAGGGCAGGGCAGGCGGGUCUGAGUAGUGGCACACGCGUGGGUUCCAGCCCAGUGUUAACUACGGGCGGCCUGGCAGCCACUCGGACCCCCUGGGAGCAGCUGCUGCAGGGACCCCGCCUCUCAGUGAGGAGGUCCAGGCCCACAAGGGCAGAAGAGGCAUCAGAGAAGCACGGCGGGGAGGCCGGCCCGGCUUCGCAGCCAGCUCCACUUGCUGGGCUGUCCUGCCCCGUGCCACCCUCAGCCUGCUAGGGCCAGCGGUCGGAGCCAGGGGGCCCCUGCAGCCUGAGGCCGUUGGAGGUCUCCGGGGCUAAGUUGGGAGCCAAAGCCCGCGCUCAGGGGCCUCCUCAGGGUCACUCUGAGACAUUCGGCAGCACCCUGGGCUGGGCGCCGUGUCCUCGGCCUCCCCAGCGAUGAGGCUCACGGCAGCCGCUCACCCCACGGGGCGGCUGCACCAGGCUGCCCGUCCACAAACACAGCCAGAAGCUGCCUGCCUGGACCACGCAUCGUUGCCAGGAUGGGGGUGCGUCGAAGGAAGGCCCUUGGUCACCCUCUCCUCGCCCCCCGUCCUAGAGGCUGGCUGGCUCUGCCUGGAGAGUCCUUAGGGACACCCUGGUCCUGUCCACCAGCCAAGAAGUCCAAGUGGAGGCCAGGAGACGGGACCUCGAGGCCCUCUCGUGAAGAUUUCUUUCUGGGGCCUCAAGGAAAGACAGGGUUGCCAGUGAGCACAGGCCAGCCAGGUCUUGGGGGGCAGGCUGCGUUGGGGUGUUGCUGGCCCAACUCCCAGGUGACUGCACCUCAGUGUCCCGCGCUAGGUGUGGGCCCUGGUGUCCUCAUCACUAGCGGAGGGUUCUGGGACCAUUUCGUGCCCCUCGGGGUUCAGGGAGCAGCAGCUGCCCUGUUUAUUGGGACUGGGCACGAGGCCCCCUCUGCAGUAGUGGGCGAGGCCACGCCGGGGAGAGCCCAAGGGCAAGCCCUGCCCCCUGCCUGGGACCCAUCCGAGCCUCAGCUUCCUCGCUACAAAAUGGCAUCGGUGAUCCUAGCUUCACCAGGCCUGUGAAGACCAAAUGGCACAGACCAGCCUUUCCUGGGAGCCAGGUUCCCUUUUGGAAAGUAAGAAUAUUCUAUAGCCUCUCCUGAGAUGGGAAAAGCCCAGGUCACCCUGGAUGGUGGGACCAGACCAAGCAGAGCCCACGGGGAGGGAGUCCACACCUGUCCAGUGGGUGGAGGUGUGUCCUGGGGCAGCAGGGAGCCAGGGGUGGGCGGUGCCGUCAGAGGUGGGGGCCCGGUGGGCAUGCGUAGCCCCUUUUGGACAUGGGUUGGCCUCUAGCAGAUGACAGCCUUCCUCCCAGUGUCACCGGUGCAGAAGUCCCUUGGGGACACCAUGGUCACGCAUCCACUCCUGUCCAGAUGGGAGUGAUCCCAUCACCUGUAGCGCUUUUCCGAAAGCCACAUCGCACGUUUCCCUCCCUCCCUCUCUUCCCUCUUUCCUUCUCCCUCCCUGGUUGGUGGUUGUCUCCUGUGGGGCUGCUCCCAGGGUAUGCGGGCCCUCUCCUGACGUGCCUGCCAGUCCCCGUGCCCUCAGCGCCCCAGCACAACCCUGAUCCCCGUCCCCCUGCUGCUCUCCUCCUUCCCCCUCCAGGAGAUGCCUCUGGGAGCCAUGAUGUCCCUCCAGGCGCCGAGACUGACGGCCCUUUGGGGUGAGGUAGUAGGUUGUAUAGUUUGGGGCUCUGCCCUGCUAUGGGAUAACUAUACAAUCUACUGUCUUUCCUGAAGUGGCUGUAAUAUCGACAGUGGACAGCAUCCAGGACCCUGGCUGCUGGAGGGGGGUGCGGUGGGCAGGGUGGGGGGUGGGGACGCAGCCUCAGCAGGGUGGGCGCAGUGGCUGCCGGGUGGUAAGUCUGACAGGCCUAGGUUCCACUUGCUGUGUGACCUGGGGCGGGUCCCUUGACCUCUCUGGGCUUCAGUUUCCUUAUCUGUGAAAGGGGGCAGAUGAGGGUUGAGGGCAGUACCGUGUGAAGUGUCCAAGGAGGGCAGGGCUCAGAGUCGACCUCUCCCUCUCCCCACGCUGCGCUGAGAGCUGAUGGACCCGACGGGCAGUUUGGGCAGCCCACCCCUCCGCCGUCCACAUCCCCGUGCCCCACAUCAGGCUCUUGGGCGGCCCCCAGCCUGGACUUUGCCCUCAGAUGCAUCCCUGUGGCCGGCACUGGGCACCGGGAGGAGUAGCCUCGGGCCCGAGGAGGACCGGGCCAGCUGAGGCUUGGCUGGCGUCGCAGCACAGCACCCCAGGGCAGCCCACGGGGUCGGCCUCGAUCAGCACGUCCCCCGAGUCCACAGCCUGCCCAGCUCAGUGUCAGGCCUCUGGUCAGCAGAGGGACGGAGGCCAGGGCUCCCCUCUCCCAGGCAGGGAGUGAGAGGAAUGUCCUCGAGCCCACGGCAGCCCUCGUGGGCACGAGCCCGUUCCACCCCCAGCAAGCGCAGGUGGACUGGCCAGCGUGGGGACCAAGGCGCCGUCUGCACGUCCCUCCUCCCCUGCGCCUGCCCAGCCCUCCAGCUCGGCUCUGGUGGCUGCAGACCACCAGGAGGGGCCGGGGCUGGGCCGGGGGCAGCGGCAGGACGGCGGACCCUCCCAAACCCGGGCACCGGCGGGGUGAGGUAGUAGGUUGUGUGGUUUCAGGGCAGUGAUGUUGCCCCCUCGGAAGAUAACUAUACAACCUACUGCCUUCCCUGAGGGGCCCAGCGUCGUCCCACGGGAGGGCCGCCCCCGCGCUCCGCAGGGGACUCGGCAGAUGACUUGGGGGCCUGAGCCCAGGCCAGGCGGGUGGGAGGCCGCCCUGUGCACACUCAGAUCUCAAUAAAAGCUGCUGUGAUGGGAA